AUGGAUUUUGAAACUCAACUGCUGGGCAAAAAUUUUGUUAAAAUUGUUGUGAUAUCUAUAGUGUGUCUCUUUGGUCUUGGCCAUUCCACUAAAGAGACCACCAUACCAAGUACUUCCCCGGGAUUAGUGGUCAACAGCAAUGUAACGGAGAACACGUUCCACAAAAUCGAGGGCAUUAUUCUGGCCCCGAACAGGCGUUUCAGCCUGGACAAGACCUGGAUGUCGGAUGUAACCCUCUCGAUAAACAAUGGCGAGUUCAAGGGAUUCGUUAGGCUGGAUGGACACUUUGUGAUAAGCGGCGUGCCCAAUGGAAGUCACAUUCUGGUGGUCCACCACCCGGACAUUUACUUCAGCCAGGUGAGGAUUGAGAUCACCGGAAAGGGCAAGAUCCGCGCUAGAAGGGUCAGCUAUAUCGAGCCAUCCAUGAUCCACCAUCUGCCCUAUCCACUGCGCCUUCAUGCCCUGUACCGCCGACAAUUCUUCUGGAGCCGUCAGCAGUGGCAGUUCCUUGAUCUCAUCCUUAGUCCAAUGGUUCUCAUCAUGGUAGUGCCAGUCAUACUCAUGAUGAUCAUUCCAAGGAUCAUCAACGACCCGGAGACCAAGAAAGAGCUGGAAAACAUUCCACUCCCGAAAAUAGACGACAUGCCGGACUUUGGGGACAUGUUGUCCUCAUUCCUCUCGGGAAAGCCCCCGGCGAAGAAAGAAGUCGAAGAGGCGAAGAAAUCUACCGAGAAGCCCAAGAAGAAAGCCCAUUAA